GCCUAGCAACGGUUUGUAAACACACCGCAUUCCACAAAAUCACACAGCGCAGGAAUUCAAGUCUUCAAGACACGGGAGGAGGAGGCUCUGGGGCCGAAUAAGUGUGAGACUGAACAGGUCUUUAGCAUAUGAAGAUGAUGAUGCUACAGAACAUUCAGAUUCGGGAUGGAGAAUACACGAAGACUAUUUAUACACUGAUAAAGGAACAACGAUAUAGCGAAGCUGUGCAGAUACUGAACCACAUCCUAGAUGCCUACCCAAAUUCCAGGGCGGCUCUUUCCCUGCUCGCAUACUGCUACUUUUACAUGCAAGACUUCGUGAAUGCGGCAAAUUGCUACGAACACUUGACCAUGCUGUUCCCCGAGGUUGAGGACUAUAGGCUGUACUAUGCGCAGUCUCUGUACCAGGCCUGUUUAUAUGAGGAGUCGAUGAAGGUGACGCAUCAGAUUGAGGGAGCGGAGUACGCAGGCCGCAUUACAAAGCUCCAGGCUGCCAUCAAAUAUGGGGAGGAGGAUCUGCCUGGAGCCAAGAGCCUGGUUGACCAGUGCCCAGUUGAUGACCCAGACACGGAGGUCAACCAUGGGUGUCUCCUCUAUAAGGAAGGCCGGUUUGAGGAGGCCUGCCAGAAGUUCACAAGUGCCCUGCAAGUUGCGGGCAACCAGCCACACCUCUCCUAUAACAUUGCCUUGUGCCACUACCGGCUCAAGCAGUAUGCUCCAGCACUCAAACACAUUGCUGACAUCAUUGAGCGAGGGAUCCGUGAACACCCAGAGCUCAGUGUUGGCAUGACAACAGAGGGCAUUGAGGUGCGCAGUGUUGGCAACACUUUAACUCUACAUGAGACUGCACUGAUUGAAGCUUUUAAUCUUAAAGCUGCCAUUGAAUACCAACUCAAAAAUUAUGAAGCUGCACGAGAAGCCCUAACAGACAUGCCACCGAGAUCAGAGGAAGAACUGGAUGCCGUCACACUCCAUAAUCAGGCUCUCAUGAACAUGGACACGAAACCCACAGAUGGCUUUGAGAAGAUGCAGUUCCUCCUGGGUCAGAACCCAUUCCCUCCCGAGACCUUUGGCAACCUCCUGCUCCUCUACUGCAAGUAUGAAUAUUACCACUUGGCAGCAGACGUCCUGGCAGAGAACGCGCACCUCACCUACAAGUACCUGACACCACACCUCUUCGACUUCCUUGAUGCCCUUAUCACACAACAAACGUCACCUUCAGAAGCGUACCGCAAAUUUGAUGAACUUGGCUCGCGGCAUAUUGAAUUGCUACGGAAACUGACUAAGGUUGUGCAGGAAGCUCGCCAGAACCAUGAUGAUGACCAGGUUAAAAAUGCAGUGAAUGAGUAUGAAGAAGUCCUUGAAAGGUACAUCCCUGUGCUCAUGGCACAAGCAAAGAUCUACUGGGAUCUUGAGAACUACUCGCAGGUGGAGAAGAUCUUCCGCAAGUCAGUGGAGUUCUGCAACGAGUCUGAUGUAUGGAAACUGAAUGUUGCACAUGUGCUCUUCAUGCAGGAAAACAAGUUCAAGGAAGCCACUGGUUUCUAUGAGCCCAUUGUCAAGAAGAACUAUGAUAAUAUCCUGAAUGUGAGUGCCAUAGUGCUAGCCAACCUGUGUGUGUCGUACAUCAUGACAAGCCAAAAUGAAGAGGCUGAGGAGCUGAUGCGAAAGAUCGAGAAAGAAGAGGAGCAGCUGGCGUAUGAGGACCCUGACAAGAAGAUCUACCACUUGUGCAUUGUUAACCUAGUCAUAGGAACACUCUACUGUGCAAAAGGCAACUACGAGUUUGGCAUUUCAAGGGUUAUUAAGAGCCUAGAGCCCUACAAUAAGAAACUUGGGACUGACACAUGGUAUUAUGCUAAAAGAUGUUUCCUGUCCCUCAUUGAGAAUUUAGCAAAGCACAUGAUAACUGUGAAGGAUUCAGUCAUCCAGGAGUGCAUACAGUUCUUGGAACAUUGUGAAGUCUAUGGGCGAAAUGUGAAGACGCUGAUCGAGCAGCCACUGGAGGAGAUGGCCAUGCAUCCAGGCAAGAACACUGUCACAUAUGAGUCAAGGCUCGCCAAGGCUCUCCUGCUCCAGAUCCAGCAGAUGUAAAGAAAGAGCAAAAGAAAGUGAGAAUGAGAGAAAAACAUUAAUGAGGCAUUAAAGUCUUGGGGAUAUUUCACUAAUUGGCUCUUCUGUUUAAGAUCUGAUGAGUGUAUAUAGAAAUAUAGAAUGUAAAUAAAAAUACCUAUGAUACUGUAAAAUAUUUAAUUGAUUUAGUAAAGGGCAUUAUGUAGGUUAAGUUAUGUAUUUGGAGCCUUAAAGUUUGUGAUAAUAAUAUGAUCACCUAGUGCUUUAUACACAGUGAUACCUUAUCAAUUACACACACACACACACACACACACACACACACACACACACACACACACACACACACACACACACACACACACACACACACACACACACACACACACACCCACACACACACACACACACACACACACACACACACACACACACACACACACACACACACACACACACACACACACACACACUAUAAAUUCUACAUUUGGUGGAUUCCCAAACAGAUAUUGUAUAGCAAAAUUAAUUUUGCUCUCAUCUUCCCUUUUAAUUUCUCUGGAAAACAGUGUGCUAUAGAAUCACAGAAUUCUAUUUUUGACAUAUAUUUUGAAUACUUCAUCAGAGUGAAAUGUGUAAUUUAACAUAUAUUUAAGCUUAAAAGAACUCUUCUGGUGAAUGAGUCAUUUAUUAGCUUUUAUUCCUUUUAACUGGUGCAACUAGUAUUCACAGUUAGCUGUUGCAUUCUUUAAAUUUUAUGGAGUGAAAUGUACUUAGCACUUUCCUCACUACAAGUCAGGGUGGUCUCACAUUCAAGUGAAUGUAAGGAACAUUGUAUUGCAUAUUAUUAUUAUUAUUAUUAUUAUUAUUA